GAAACUUGGCUUAAAUAUCUAGGGAUCUUUUGCAUGUGGGACUGAUAUCUUUAAACGUUAUUUGUUUGGGAAUGGGGCGCUUGUACCUUUUCUUCUUCGAAUGAACAUGAGAUGUGGUGGAAUGAUUGAAGAUAAUUGAGGUGCGGGAGAUGGGACUAGGGUGUCGUCAGCGAAACGGAUUUGCUGGGAGGAGGGCUUUCUAGACACGUUGGCUGAGGGGGGGUUGAUUCGGAGAGAGAGGUUUGACUGGUCGCUUGUAUACUUCCGUGUGCUGGAUUCGUCCUCCAGACGGAAUGCUUGUCUCGAGAAUUGAACUUUAUGGGAAUUCAACGAAAGCGCUGCGUUACUUUGCGGAUACGUACAUGGGGUACCCCUAAUUCGAGGGAUCACAUGGAAGAUAGUCUUCGCAAUGAGGUUUGCGGGCGGUUUGAUCAUACCACGGACACCUCGUGCUGAAAUCGAACAUUCGCGUCCUUCAGUGCGCUUUGGGGAUGUUGAUACUGGGGUUGGACAGUUGGUUGGUAGGUCGGCUUGGGACGAAGGUUUGAUAGCUCUUGGCGCAUACGUUGACGGAGAUAGAUAGGGCUAGAGUGGAUGGGGGAGAGUGCUAUUAUUGGUGUGUCAUGAAGAGAUGGUUUGGGUUGUAGAUAGGAGCUAUGGGAAGGAAGAUAGUAUAGACGGACGGGAAUGGGGUAAUGUAUAUAAGGAUUACUCUUCGUCGCUCUUAGCACGGUAUCUGGACAUCACCACUUCCAUUCUACAUUCCUAUUAACUUUUUAGAACAUCUUCGGCCGGACCGUAUUUAUUUCUUAACUCUUUUAUAUUCUCAAUAGCCUAUCUAUCUUCUCUCUCCAUCCAAUCCAAUCCAAUCCAAUCCAUCAAGAUGCAAUUCUCCGCCGUCUUCCUCUCUCUCCUCGCCGCCACAGCCGUCGUAGCAAAGGGCAACUCCACCAAACCCGUCACCGACAAAUCCCUCUGCAAAGAGAUGAACAAGCUGGAGAAACUCGUGGACCAAGCCCAGAACACGACGAAGCUCGCCUCCAAAACCAACAACAACCAGACGAAAAUCGAUAACAUCGUAGCGAAAGCUAGCGCUGCAGCCAUCCAGCUCGAUGCUAUGCAGGCUAACACUACGCUGGUAUCAACUUGUGCUGUGAUUGAUGCUGCGCAGAUGACAAAGAAACAGUGUAAUAAGAUGGAAGACCUCCAAAAAACCAUCGAUACCGCCGGCAACAGCACCAAGCUCGCGGCCAAGACCAAAGGCAACGCCACCAAGGAAGCAGAAUACCAAGCCAAAGCCACGAAAGCGCAAACGAAACUCGCAGAGAUGACGAGCAAUACGACGUUGGUAGAUGCGUGCAGUGCGUUGCAGACGGAGAAGGAGGCGAAGAAGGCGGAUACCACGACGACGAGCGCGGCGACUAGCUCCACGAAGGCGAGUGGCGCGGCGGAAUUGGUGGGCGCGAGGUUCGGAAGCGUGGUCGGUGCGGGUGUGUUGGUUGCGGUGGGGAUGAGUUUGUUGUAGAGAGGUAGAGAUGGGGGUUAUGAUGGCGUUGUUUCUAUCAGUUAGGGCUUAGGGGGGUUGGUGCGGAUAUUGGGAUAUGAAACUAGAGGCAGUGGGAUUGGGAACAUCUACUCCCGAACUUCACGCAGGAUUGGCCGUUGAAGAAACAUCGAGUUGGAAAAGCGACACUCGUGCAUGGUGAGCUCACAACCUCGCGCACUGCGACCAACCACAUUCCUCGGACGAUUCACAGAACAAGUUAGGACAAGAUUGAAUGACAAGAUACACAUUGAAGAAACAAACAAACAAACACACAAACAACCAAGAACCGAAUGGGCAAACGAGUAAAACGUGACUUCA